AUGGCGUUCUUUUCAGACUUUCUCAUGGGCGUGAGAGCGGAGUGCGUGUUCCCGUCGGACGGUCGAGUCAGAGACCCGCUGGAGGUGCUCCCGCUCCUGGCCCAACCCGAGCCCGCGUCGUCGACCUCGGGGCGAUCGAGGUCGCGGGCCGCUCGGGAGAGAGCGGUGCGGGCUCGGGCGAACGCUGCUCUGAGGUCCUUGGCGGCUCUCACCGCUGGGCGCCGCGGUCAGCUUCGAGACACUGCAUGGGGCAGUGCGACGGAGUGGACGAGAAGCCACGAGUUGCCACGGGUAAUCUCGGAGAGGGUGCUGGAGUGCCACCGGGGGGCCCACGACCUGAAGAUGUACGCCUCCGACGCCGAGUCCGCUUUCGAGCGGCUGGCCUUGCGCGCCAAAGCUGGGACCUACGUGGCUUUCGAUGUAUCAAACGACGAGGAGGGGGCGCCGCCGAGGGGAAAGGUGAUGCCCUUCGUGAGCGGCGAGGCGUCUCUGCCGCCAGCAGGGGCGGAGCCGUGCGACAUCAAGCUGGUCUCGCCGAAGGCCAGGUACUACUUCGACGGGUUCCACGAGAGGAUGGCCCUGCCGCCGAGCCAGGUGGACGAGGCCGACAUCGAAGCUGCGCGCUCCUACGCAGACCCGAGCCUCCGCCAGCGAGCAGCGCGCUUGGAUUUCGCGGUGCGGCUGUGGGAGGCGGGGAUGCUCGGUUUCGCUCGCGUCUGCAAGGCCGAGGUGGCCGUGUUUGUCGUGAUGAAGAAGACGCGCGAGGACGGGGUCUACGUGCUGAGGCCAGCGUGGGACAUGAGGCGCGCGAACGAGCGCUUCAGGAGCCUGCCGCACCUCAACCUGGGGUCCCCGACGGCGAUGGCGGAGCUCGACCUGUCCGACGAGGUGACGCAGGGCCGGGGUCUGAAGUCGACGUGGGGCGACUUCGUGAAGGAGCUCGAGAGGCGGCGGAUGAAGCUGCUCAGCGUGCCCAACGGAUGCCGAUAUCUCUGUCUUGUGGUGAUGCUGAUGGGGUUCAGCUGGUCGCCAGCGAUCUGCCGCGGAGCGCUGGAGGAUGUGAUAUGCGACCUGCCUGGCUUUCCCCGUCGUGCCCGGCUGAUCCGCGGGCUGAUGCUCCCGAGCUUCGCCGAGGUGGCCUUCGUCUACUGGGUUUUCAUGGGCGACUUCGCCUCGUCGGCUCUGGUGCGCGAGAGCGACGCGACGACCGUGGAGACGGUGAAGCAGGCUGCUCGGGCGAAGCUGAAGGAGGUGGGCCUGGACAUGCACGCGGAUGGAGUCGGGGAUGCAUUGCCCCUCUCCCUUGGGGUGGCGAUUGCCGAGCAGCCGUGCCGACUUGUGGCUUCCAGGGGGAAGAUCCAGAACGUGAUCGGGGCAACGGGGGCUGUCAUGGCUCGGGGCCGAGCGACGUCCCAGGAAUUGUCCCACAUCGUUAGUUGCAAGUUCGUGACGAAGUUCGAGGGCGACCAGACCAGGCGCGAGCUAUGGGAGAGCGUGCUGAACGAGCUGCACAUGCUCGACCACCUCGCGCCCCUGAUGCACACGGACCUGGAGCCCCGCUGGAGCGAGGUCGUGUUCGCGACCGACGCGAGCCAGGCCGGCAUGGGCGUGGUGGGGGCCCAGGCGACACGGAGCGAGGUCAAGGCGGAGGUGGACCGACAAUGGAGAUUCCAGCAGCUCCACGACAUGGCCAGGGACGAGGACGAGGAGCUACUGCUGAGCGGCGACGACUGGGAGUGCUCCAAGCGGGGGAUCCCGAACACCAGCGGCGAGGGCGACGUGCCCCCGCAGCGGCUGAUGGCCGACGUGCUUGAGGGCUACGGCGGCUUUGGGGAGGAGACCCUCUUCGUGGACAACGCUCGCAACCCGCGCCGCGACCUCAUGGAUCCGUCGUUCGUCGAGCUCAUGUGCAGCGCCAUUUUGUUCGGCCUCCUCUUCAUGGCAGCUAUCUCCAUGUGCUUCGCCUGCCUGGCUUCAGGCGUGGGCUCCUCCCUCGAGAGCCCCAGAACCUCGAUGAUCUGGGGGCUGCCCGAGAUGGCGAAGCUGGUGGAGCAACCAGGCGUCUUUGUGGUGGAGCUGGUGUACUGCGCUUUCGGGGCGAGGUGGCUCAAGCCGACGCGACUGAUCACGAACGUCGAGAGUCUGAGGGAGCCGGCGCGCCGCUGCUCUCGAGACCACCCUCAUCAGGAGCUCCGAGGGCGAAGCGCCGAAGGGCAGCUGUGGACCAGGCUCGCCGCUGUCUACCCGCCUCGGCUCUGCAGCGCCUACGCCAAGCCGGUCAGAAAGGCGAUCGAGGCCAAGCGGUUGGAGUUGCACGACUGGCGAGUUCGAGAAGUUCGGAGCCCUCCGGAGAAGCCCAGAGCGGUCAUGGACCACUGGGCGGAUUUAUCGAGAUGGCACCUGUCGUGGAAGGGAGAAUGGGCAUACGAGACCCGCAUCAAUGUGCAGGAGAUGAGGAGUGUGUCCUCAGUGGCGAGAUAUCUAUGCAGGUCUUCGAGGUGCUGGUUCAGCCGUUUUCUGGUGCUAUGCGAUUCCAUGGUCACCGUCGGAGCUGUUCGAAAGAUGAGGAGCUCGUCCAGGCCGUUGAUGACGCAGCUGAGGAAGAUCGGAACUAUAUCUCUAGCGACGGGAGUGAGGCUCACCCUGAGAUUGAUCCCGACCGACAUGAAUCCAGCAGACGGCCCGUCGCGAGGAGAAGGGAUCGGCAGCGCGGAGAUCACAAAUGCGAAGUCCGAGCAGAAGAAGUCCAUCCUGAACGACCAGCACCCCUUCGAGAGGCUCCUGGGCGACGAGCUGGAGAUCAAGGGCAUGCACGACGACUAUCUGGAUGCAAAUGAUCUUGCAGCGGAGGCCAGCAUGAUCGCUGGAGUCGUCGAGGGUCUCAGUGCAGAAAAAGUGAGCUCGUCGAGAAAGAAGGCCACGAAGGACAAGAAGGUGACCAAGGAGAAGGCGCGAGCUCGUCCAGCUGCGCGGCGACGACCUUUCGUGCCCAUGAAGAAGAAGGGCCCCCUGGCGUUCGAGAGCGCUGCAGCGAAGAAACUCGUCAACAGGAGCUCGCUGGGAGGCGAGCAGCUCGAGCGCCCUGUGAGGCUCUUGAUCCACGCGGUGCAGGACGACACGAACAAGGAGUAUCUCAAGGAGGUGGAGCCGUUUCUUCGCGACGUGUUCCACAAGCGCCUGCCCUUGUCGACUCCAGGUCAGCGAGACAUCACGGUGGCCGCCGAGCUGGACAACCGGUGCUUUGUGGAGCGGGCCCCCCUCAAUCGAGGGAUCAAGCUCUACCACCGCCUGGUGCACAUCUUCCCCGCGUGGAGGUCCGAGAUACCGAUCGCGCUACGGGCUCUUCACAGCUGGGGGAAGUAUCAGCAGACGUGGGAGGGGGGUCCUGCCUCCAUCGAGGCCAUCUACUACAUAGCACGAGAGGCACUUCGCAGGGGCCACGUCGAUGAAGGCAUGGCGUUCCUGCUAGCGUACGACUGCUACCUACGAGAGCAAGAUUGGCUACAAUUGAGAGCGGAGGACGUGCACGUGAGCUAUGGUGACUCCGAGGAGGACCCCAGGACGAUCAAGGUGGCCAUCCUGCUUGGACGACGUCAUAGAAGCGAGAGCGUGAAGACCAGUCAGGAGCAAGGACUUGCCAUCGACGACCCGGGGAUCGCCCUCGUCAUUGCCGAGUGCGUGAAGGCGCUGGGCAAGCAGGCUUUCGUGUUCGACACCACAGCUACCCGUGCGGGUUCAGUGCGGAGACAGAUUCUUUCGGAUGGCGAUAUGAGUUGGACUGGACCGAUGCACACUUUGCGACACAGCGGACCAAGCCACGACAUUCUGCACACAAGGCGUUCCAUCGCGGAGAUACAACGGAGAGGACGAUGGACGCAGAGCAAGAGCAUGGCAAUAUACAGCAAGCCGCACUCUCUGAUUGUACACAACGACCGCCUACCGACGAAAGCCAAACGAGAAGGACGAGAGGCUCGACAUGAUCUACGAGUGCUGCUCCGCCCAAUGUCUGUCACCAGCACCUGGAGCUCGGCCACCAAGGCCGCCAGCGACAUCCUCGGCGAGUACGGCUCCCAGGCCUUCGAGCCCCUGGACGAGUCGGACUGA